AUGUGCUACUUUGAACAAACCCGCUGGAACUGUGGCUACUGGAAGUGGGGUACCUUCCGCCAGCAAUGCGAGAAGGAGUACCGCACCGGCGAGACGUGCGGACUGAAGCUCGUCUACAGCUGGCAGCCCGCCCAGGGCCCGUGCAAGAUUUGUGAGCAAAAGUGCAAGAAGGAGAGGAGGAUCGACAAGAUGUUGAACGACAUCCAGAGGUGGCAGCGCGAAGGCAACAGGAGGGCCACCAUCGAGAAGACGAUGCGGGAUGUGAACGACAUCCAACUCCAGAUCAACGAACUGCUCGCAAGCCAUGUGGAGAGGGAGAGGACGUUGUGA